UCAAGGGGGGAUCACUGUCAUGCAGACAACUGGGAGCUGUCAUGCAGGGAGAGCUCAAAGCAGCUCCUUCAGACUGUCGCAUUAUGGAAUAAAGUAGGCUUGGACUCAGAUUGUGAAAGAUGGAAAAGGUAAGCAUGAGUCCUUGUACCCACAGCUUCUUUUAUUCCAUGAUAAUUAGUCUUGGAAGAACCUCCUGCUAUUCAUGUGUUAAUUGCAUGAUUGAUACCCUCAUUUCCAAGCUCAUCAUAGUGUGCUCAUCAAAGCACACCAUGUCACCUGUUCCUGUGCAGGUUUUCCAAGAACAGGGGGAAAUUAGAGAAGUUUAUGGCCUGGCCAGGGUCUAGGCCUUUACUUCCUUCAGGGCCUAAAACAAACUACCACUAGUUUGGUCAAGGAGUUGAGGGCAUCCUUCACACAGAGAGGGGAGGUGCGCAGAAGGGUGGUUGUAACACAGUGUUUGACAUGAUGUUUUGGUAAGUUGGGGUUCAAACUGUCCAGUGCCUUCUGGAUUUGUGUCUGCUUUGUGACCUGCAUUUGUUCAGCGCAAACCACAACCUAUAGCAGUUGAAUUUUGAAAGCAAAUAGACCAUUGCUUAAUUUUUUCAGAGAAGAUCCUCAGUUGCACUCAGUCCAGAUCUUUCCCUAAGCCCUCAUGCAGUCACUUUAAUAAAUCUGAGGUCGAAGCCCAGUGCUCCAUGCUGCCUGUGGGCGUGUUGUCCCACUCCUUUGUCAGCAUGAAGAUUUUCUGAUCUCCAACACGAGAAGUCUGACUAAUACUUGGGGCUGGCUUCUCUCCAGACAGCCACUGUUAUUCUCAGCCUCAGCUUAUCCAGCACCAUGUUGGGUGUUCCUGACCGCACUACAGGAAACCGCCGCAAUUUGCAGAAUUGUUAUGACCAGCACUCACUUUUUUCUCAAUAUACUGGGCUACAACUUGUGGCUGUUCAGUGGCUUCUUCGAGAGCUGCUACAACAUUUUCACAUCUUUAUCUGUGACUUGCUGAGAGAGGGGAAGACAGACAGCAGGUGAUAAACAUGAUAAGUGUUCCUUGGUAACCCGUCUGAACUUGUAAAUGUCAGCGCCUCAGGAUCCUUCCUUUCUGUAAGGAAGGAAGCGCAGGUGUCUAGUUCUGCAAGGUAUAAGUUGUAGCAUUUGGCUCAUCCUGAAGUUCCUGAUCCAUUUUUAAAAUUAAAUAUAUAAGUGCAGGUGCUCUUUAUUCUUUGAGGAUUUUAAUGGAAAUUCUGAUGGGAUCAUUCUUCUCCCUGGAUCAUUUCUUAUUGUCAGUCUGCCAUGGAGUUUAGGUAAAGGCACUGCAGCCUUCAGUUUCUCAGACUAUCCCAAGCAGAAGUGUGCAAGUUGUUCAUGUAACUACAGAUGUUUUCAUCUAGAGUUGGUCAAUGGGGGAAUUGUCUACUAUAACCAACUUUCAAAUCUUUUGUUUUUUAAAUAUGCUGUAAUUACUGCUUGGAAAAACUAACACCCUACUUCCAGGCAGCUCCUUGCUAACACUCAUUUGGCUUUCACAGUCACUGCAGAUAAACCCAAUACAUCAUUGAUUUAUAUACAACAGCAGAUGACUUAAUUACAAGACAAGAGUUUUAAAAGUGUUUAGUAAGCAGAAGAAGGAACUGCAUUGUUAAGAGAAAUAAAAAAGCAAUGCUAUUUUUUUUUAAAGAACAUACUUCUUACAAUCAAAGAGAAUGCUGCCAGAAUUUUCCAGAGAGCUCCAUACAAUAACCAUUCUGUGCACUGGGUAAAUCAAAUAAAAUGAAGGUGUGCAUACCCGUGUGUUGGAAAAGUCGAACCUAUACUCGUAUUAAAAUAUAUCCUCGCUGUCAUGAAACAAGCAAUAUCAAUGUUGUUUUGGCUGGUAAUUCUGUUGACCUGGCAACAUCAUUUCUGAAUUAGGAUGCUGUCACCACAGAUCUUUCUUCAAGUGGUAGCUCAGCUAAGACAGAGCCGUCACUGGUCGUCAAGAUCUUUGAGAUGAGUGCUCAUCUCUACAUACAUAAGCUGUUUGAAGUUUGCUGCUGGACCACAGACAACAGCGUGAUGGAGCAGAAUAGCCAACACUUAACAGCUGGAGUCAAAGUGUACAUAAAUUGUAUUCUGUCACCUGACUGACAGCAGCUCCUGAGGGCAGGGGAUUGGGAUGGAUAGAAGAAUUGUCAUUCAAUCAUAGGAUCAUAGGGUAAUUCAGGCUGGAAGAGAAAUUACGAGGUCUCUAGCUCAAACUCCUGUUCAAAGCAGGGUCAGCUCUGAAGGCAGACCCGGUUGCACAGGGCUUUAUUUAGCUGGUCUGGUCUUGAAGAACUCCAAGGAUGGAGACUGCAUAGCCUGUCUGUGCAACAUGCACCAGUGCUUCACUGCCCUCUUGAUGGAAAAGCUCAUCCUUAAAUCCAGACAGAUCUUGUUUCAGUUUAUGCCUGCUGGAAGAUAUCCUUUGGUUUGUGCUCAAUGUACAGUCCUUUACUCUCUGCCUCACUGGGUACAUCCUCUUGUAGAAGAAAGGGUCAAAGUUUGCAAGCUGAACUUAGCUGCCAGCAAUGUAAACUUCAUUUUAGCUGGAAUCUGAUAAGGGGCUUCUGAAGUUCAGGACAGCAGAGACUCCCACUCAAGGCAUCAGACUCCACUGCCCUUUUAAUCUGGGAGUCAGAUAGACUGCAGAAGCCACGAGAGACUUCUGGGGAGACUGUGAAACUGGCAGAGCCAGAAGGAAACCGCUGAUUUGAAAUUGCAGUUGAGCAUUCCCCUGUUGCCUUUUUGCUUGCAAGAUCUGCCUUCCCCACAAAGCAGGGCCCUUUGAUCUUUCAAGCCACAAGUUCAACCUUUAUUCAAACAACAGAUCAAGUAGCUGCUCAUAUUAACCUUUGGGUCCCAGUUGCCAAGCAGCUACAACUGCCCACUAUUUACAAGCCGUGGCAUUUGUUCUGUGUAUUAUAUAGUCUUAUAUACUGUGCUGGUUUUGCUAGUUGGCUGCAUAGCAUUGUUAUGCAUUCAAUACACAAAUGUGUGCUAAUUUUGAAUCUGGUAUGUAUAUCCUUGCCAUUUUUGGAGCUUUGCUAUUUUACCAAAGUUUUUUUUUGUUGUUUUGGUUUUGUUUUCUGUUGUUGUUUUUGACUGACAGCGUAUGUACCUAUCCACAAGUUCUGCCCAGCUUCAGAUGAACCCUACUUGCAUUUUCACUCUCAGCACAAGUCAUUCUCACCAUUCCCGAGCUCAAUACAAAGUCCAUACAGUUACCGAGAGUUUUCUUGCUAGCUGUAGAAGUGCUAGUAGCUUGAAGAAGUACUGUGUGUUCACGAGUUUGUCUCUGCUUUGGGUCUUUUUGGUAGUUAGGCUGCCUGGCCUGAGAAAAGGGAUCUCUUUUCCUAGUAAUCUUUCCAUUACUUGACAUGCGUAAGCUUUAUGACUACCUAGGAUCAGUUGUAUCUCCCAUCAGCCCCAAGUUUGAGCUUCAGUUAACCUUAGGCUAAAGUUACUAUUAUCUUACUAUAUAGUUACAACUAUUAUCAGAUAAGCAGUCAUAGCAGUGUCUCACACUGAUAAUACCUUAAUUCUAGCAGGAAAAGCCCCACGUAAAAGAAUAAGAUAGUUGAUAGAUGUUUGAUUUGGUCAGGAAGUCACUCAGAGACAUGAGCCUCAUGGGAUACUGAUCAUCUUUAUAGCUCUGAGCUCAUGCCUUGGCUGCUGAGAUGCUCAGUAGCAGCGAGAUGUGUUUUGGUUUGGAGCAGCUUCUUCCACCUCCUCACAGAUGUGCUUUUCCAUUCUAGGCACGCUGUACCUCAGCUUUCACUGGGUCAGGCUCAUUUUUCCCUGGCUUCAGUUAUUCUGAGGAGCUUCAGCAUAUGUAAGACAUGGCACUACGACUUUGGCUUUGUGGUUUGGUAAUGUGUGUUGUGGGUUACUCGGGGCAUGCCUCAGGAAGCAGUGAACAUGCUGGAUAGAUGCUGCAUUUGUUAUGGUGCAUGUCUUAGAACUGGUAGUACCAGCAAAGGGGAGAAAGUAGGAGAGGCAAAGAAACAGAAAAUGAGGGGGAUGAGGGGAUAAGAAAUGAGCAGCAAAAAUGCUAAAGAGAACCCCCUCUUCCAGCUUAGGCACCAAAGAAAAUCAAAGUGGGUAUAGGAGGGGGUAGCUUUAUCCUCUCUCCCUUUUGAAAAACUUUAUUUUAGCUGCUGUCUCUGCAUACUCUAAGAACAAUCUAGGUUGCUGCACCCUGUUCCCCCUUCCAAGAAAGAAGCCAGCAGCAGUUAUAAACUCUGUUAUCAGGUCAAGAUUCUUUUUCUCCUGAAUGAAUGGGAUUUAUUUAGCUUUUAUAUGUUUUUUUCUCAUCUUCCCAGUAAGUGUGUAGAUGAGAUAGUUCAGGUAUGCCCUCGCAAUGUAUCGGCAAAUAAUUUCAAAUAAAUGUAUGUAAAAUAGAUAUGAUCCAGGUGAGACAACAGAAUAUCUUGUGUAGCAAUGCCUCUCCUUACACUGGCCUCCACAGCAUACCAAGCUAAUUCAAGGUAUAGAUUUAUUCUUGCAUUUAAAAGGAACAUGAGAUAUUCCACCAGUGGCCAAUCCAUGGUGUGUAAGAAUAUGCCACACCUAACAGGUAAUAGUAUUAGGGCUCUAUCUUAAAUGGUAGAAACCACUUGGUUACUGCAGUGUUAAACAUGAGAUGCCUGGUUCAACUUCAGUAUUGCUGAUGCCAUUAUCACUUUAAAAAGUUGUAGGUGUAGAAAUAAAUACACUUCAUACUGCCUCAGUGUUGCUAUUCUUACCCUCUUCCCCCACUGAUGUUACCAUCAUGUGAGGUCUAAUUUAGGCAUUAAUCUCCAAAAGCCCUUGUCACUUUACUGUCUAUUAUGUGCCAGUCCUACACCUGUGGUGCUAUAUAAAUGCUAAUAAUAUAUCAAUAUGCUCAUUCUUUAUAAUUUGUGUAGGUGGAAUCCCAUCUGGUUUGUACAUGUCAAGUGAGAUGUUGGUGUGAAAAGGCCUUGCUGUUCAGAAUUUGUGAUGGUUUUUGAGCAGUUGGGAAAUGACAGAAAAAAAAGAAAAAAAAGAUCACAAAACUAGACGUGCUUAUCAUUUGAACAAAGACAUCCAGCCCUAUUCUUAAGGCUGUGGCUUUGGCUGGAGCAGAAUACCCAAGUGGUGUAAUUCUUCUUCUCUAAUCUCUGGCCUUCCUGAAAAUCCUUGGUGAAGUGAUUGGGACAUUAAGUGGUCCUUCCAGCUGUUUCUGAAUAUUUUCAUAUCAACAUAGUCUAUCUGAGAAAAUUUUGAUAGUUGGAGCACUGCCAUUUCUUUCACAGCAUCUGCCUCCUCUGUGGUAAGGCUCUGGGCUCCCAGAAAAGCUUUCCUGCCUUCAUCCCCAUCAGAGGUCUCACAUGGGCAGCUCCUCAGUUCAGAAAGAUCAGUCUUGGCUUCAGUGAUGUGCAGGAACCCACCAGCAGGGAGAGAUGUGCAGGGCCAUGAUGAGUUUGUAUGAACCAUCUUGUCUUUUCCUUGGGCUGAGGUUGUGUCCUUUGCCAUGAGAUACUGAUGGAUUUGGUGGAAUUAGACUGGCAAAACUAGAUCUGCAGAACCUUGUAAUCCAAAUUAAAAAAAUUAAAAAAAAAAAAAAAGAAAAAAAAAAACAGGAAAUUAUUUUGCAACUUUUCCGAGCUGAAAAGUGGAUGACGUCUGGAAGUGUCCCUAUUGGCUAAUCUGAAUUGUAUUCUGAGCUGCUCUAAGUAUUUGUCACUUGCCAAGGAUUAACGUAACCACAGGUUACUCGGGGGAACAAUUCAGUGCUUCCUCAGUAAAGAGGAAACAAAUUUUCCCUUUCCUCCAUUUUGUCUCUUGGCCACUUCCACUGAUUGUGAUUAAGCUUAAAACAGGAACCUUCAAAAGCAGAAAGUCUUGGUAAUUAGAAAUGAGUAGAAAUUAGUAGUGGAGCAUUGCUUGCAGCACAGGCUAGCUGUUUCUUUGUUACAAAGAUACACAGGCUGUCUUGUGGGGUGAGACUAAACCAGAAGUGUUGCAUUGCACUCCGAAAAAUCACAUCCUCAUCCCAGGCUUAGGGCUGGCACCAGAGCCAGAGCCAAGGAUCACAGGAGCAAGGGGCAGCCCUGGGGCUGAGGGCGGGAGGAGGAGGAGGAAGAGGAGGGGGAGGAAGGCAGCUGUUUGCCUGCCCUCUUCGCUGCCUGCAGAUCUGCCUGCCACUUGCGGUGCCCACAUGGCCGGGAGCUGGGCCACUGUCCGCACGUGGCUGGGCUGCCCCGGGCUGCUGGGCUGCUUCUUGCUGGGCUUUCUCAUGGGAUGGUUUACAAAACCAAACGAAAGCCCCCCCAGCACUUCAGACAUCUAUGAAAAUGUGAGACAGAAACUUGUGGAUGAAAUGAAAGCUGAAAACAUCAAGCAAUUCCUUCGCUCCUUUACCAAGUUGCCUCACCUCGCAGGAACUGAACAGAAUCUUCUUCUUGCUAAACAAAUUCAAGGCCAGUGGAAGGAAUUUGGAUUGGAUUCAGCAGAACUUGUUCAUUAUGAUGUGCUUCUUUCCUACCCAAAUGAAACACAGCCAAACUACAUCUCAGUAAUUGAUGAUCAAGGCAAUGAGAUUUUCAAUACAUCAUCAUUUGAACCACCUCCUCGGGGAUAUGAAAAUGUUACUGAUAUACUGCCACCAUAUAAUGCUUUUUCACCACAAGGGAUGCCAGAGUCAGAUCUGGUAUAUGUGAAUUAUGGCCGCACUGAAGAUUUUUUUAAGCUGGAGCGUGAAAUGGGAAUUAACUGUACAGGAAAGAUCGUCAUUGCCAGAUAUGGGAAGAUCUUCAGAGGAAACAAAGUUAAAAAUGCCAUAUUAGCAGGAGCCCAAGGGAUCAUACUUUAUUCAGACCCUGCUGACUACUGUGCCCCAGGAGUAGAUCCCUAUCCAGAUGGCUGGAAUCUUCCAGGUGGCGGAGCCCAGCGUGGGAAUGUGUUAAACCUGAAUGGAGCUGGGGACCCUCUGACACCAGGCUAUCCUGCAAAAGAGUACACUUUCCGAUACAAAGUUAAUGAAGGUGUAGGGAUUCCAAAGAUCCCAGUUCAUCCCAUUGGAUAUCAUGAUGCAGAAGUGUUACUACGUGCAAUGGGAGGACCUGCAGCUCCAGACAGCAGCUGGAAGGGAAGUCUCAAUGUGUCUUAUAACGUAGGGCCAGGAUUUGCAGACAGCUCUUCAACAAGAAAAGUCAGAAUGCAUGUUCAUACAAACAGUAAAAUAACACGAAUUUACAAUGUCAUCGGUGUCCUCAGAGGAGCAGUGGAACCAGAUAGAUAUAUUAUUUUUGGAGGUCAUAGAGACUCCUGGGUGUUUGGUGGUAUUGAUCCAACUACAGGCACAGCUGUUCUUCAAGAGGUUGUUCGGAGUUUUGGUAAAAUGAAGAUGGAAGGUUGGAGACCCAAACGAACUAUUAUUUUUGCUAGUUGGGAUGCAGAAGAAUUUGGAUUGUUGGGUUCCACAGAAUGGGCUGAGGAAAAUGCCAGAGUCCUCCAGGAACGGGCAGUUGCUUACAUCAACACAGAUUCUUCUAUAGAAGGCAACUACACAUUAAGAGUUGACUGCACCCCUCUUCUCUACAGACUGGUGUAUAAUCUAACAAAAGAGAUUUCAAGCCCUGAUGAGGGUUAUGAAAAGAAGUCUCUCUAUGAGAGUUGGCUUGAGAAAGACCCUGCACCUGAAAAUAAUAGUUAUCCCAGAAUAAACAAACUGGGAUCAGGCAGUGAUUUCGAAGCUUACUUCCAGCGACUGGGAAUUACAUCGGGCAGAGUGCGUUACACCAAGAAUAGGAAAGCAGACAAAUUCAGCAAUUAUCCUGUUUAUCACACUGUGUAUGAGACCUUUGAGUUAGUGGAAAAAUUUUAUGACCCCACCUUCAAGAAACAGCUAGCAAUUGCCAAGUUACGAGGCAAACUGGUUUAUGAACUUGCAGAUUCCCAGAUCAUUCCAUUCGACUGUAGAGAUUACGGAGAAGCCUUAAAAGGAUAUAGCAAUAGAAUUUAUAAACUGGCCAAGAAACAUGAAGAACAGCUGAAAACUUACAAAGUGUCAUUUGAUCCUCUUUUUUCUGCCGUGGUGAACUUCUCAGAGGCUGCUGCUGAAUUUCACAGGAGACUUGAAAAAGUUGACAAGAAGGAUCCAGUUGCAGUGCGAAUCAUGAAUGAUCAGCUAAUGUUUAUAGAAAGAGCUUUCAUUGAUCCUCUUGGCUUACCAGGAAGGAAGUUUUACAGACAUGUCAUCUUUGCUCCAAGCAGUCACAACAAGUACGCUGGCGAGUCCUUCCCGGGGAUCUAUGAUGCCGUGUUUGAUAUUGAAAGCAAAGCAGAUCAGCAGGAAGCCUGGGAAGAAGUGAAGAGGCAGAUUUCCAUUGCAGCCUUCACUGUGCAGGCAGCAGCAGGGACACUGAAGGAAGUAGCAUAGGACGAUGGCUUCGAAAAGCUGAAAUAGCAAAGUCUGAAUGCCCUGCAGUCAGGCUGCAGCGACCCAGGCUCUGCGAACUGCCUGCUGUACCUGAGCUCCUGUCGCACAGAUGCACUGGUAGGGGGAGCAGGAGCUCUGUGCUCCAGCAACUCCGCAGCUAGAAAUUACUGCUUCUCUGAUACUGGCAAAACUGUAACUUUAAGAACAACCCUGAAUGGAAGACAACCUGGGGGACAAGCAGGUGGGGAGAAGGAAGAUUCAAUUCCCAAUCAGAUUUUUUUUCUGAAAGAUCUGACAAUUUUGAGGCCCCACAUCUUUUGGAUGUAUAAUCCAGUUAUUUGCAAAACUGUCAGCAAAUCUUGCCCGUAGCACUGAACAACACCACCCAUUUCAGCAAAAAAAAACACAAAUGAAGCAGUCCUCAGCACAUACAUUUAUCUUGCUCUACUAAUUGCGUUUAUCACAUAACACACCAAAAGUAUCUCUAUUUUUAGUAUCCAUUCUGCAGGACUGGUGAGCGCUCAUUUUGCAGACUUGCUUUCUUUUCCUAAAAAAAGAAAAUAAAAUAGUGGCCCUCUGGCUAAUUGCUGAAAGGGCUACCAGCCUUUCCUCAUAACCAGAGAAAACAGCUGCUUUUAUGCGGAAAUCCAAAACCAUGAUAUUGGGGAUUUAUGCAGAGAGCCACAAACAGCGAGUGCAGUGAGCGUCCACCCCUCUGAAAAUCACUGUGCACCUCCCUCCUUUAUUUACACUUUGGAAAAUAGAGAUUGUAGGGGGUAACAGAACCAAUGUCCCUGCUCCUUUUGGUGCUUUCACUAGUCUCAAGCCAAUGGCAAGGUUUUUUUUUUUUUUUUUUUUUUCCCCCCGCCGGCAGAGCUUUUUCAUGCAGAGAUGUCUCCUUCCAGUUGAGGGAGAUGGAUGAGUGUGACAGUGUGGUCGCUACUGGCACGGGGCUUGAGAUUAUGGAGUAAUUCUGUCUUCUAAUAAGACCUGAGACAGCUUUCCAUCAGGAGCUGCAUAUACAUUCAAAGAGAAACUGAAAUGCAUGAGAAGGAUAAUUGUACAAAACUGUUUAAUUUGUAAAAAAGAAAAUAAAAAAAUUGAUUCUUGCUUCAUUUGCCCUUUAAAUGUACUUCUCAUCCACUUGCUUUACAACUAAUAAAGUUGCAAGAAUUUUAUUAAAUCACAUUCCAAUUUGUGAGGGAGCUGAUAAUAACCGGUAUUUUCUCUUAUGUAAAAUAUACUACAGCUUAUCUCACAACCAUAAAUUGCAGCAGGUUGUGGGAAUAAAAUGCUUUCUGUUUUAUGGGGAGUAGAACAGAUGGGGUACUAAAAAACACAGAAUUGAGAAACGGGGCAGUGGACGUAACAGCUACUAGGCUACCAAAAGAGCCUCUCAUCUCAAAUGCCUUGAAUUCAGGCAAAGGAACCAGAAAUGCCAAUUGUUAGUCCUUUGGGAAGUUGGCUUGAGGGGAAGAUACCACCCAGAAGAAGGGCGUGCAUUGGAAUCACUUCCAUAAGCAUCUCUGAAAGAUGAAGGACUGUGUACCUACGGAUACCGUGCUCGUAAUCCACUGUUACUUUGCUUUUCACAUAUCAAGCCUGUUGCACCCAAGGAGACCACACUUCCACAGUCCAUCCAUUACCUUUUCCACUGAAAAAUGCAGUCACCUUAGCUCACCUCGUUAGCAUGCACAUAAAAGAGCAUUAGGUAGCACAAUGCUGAGGACACCAAAACAGUGACUACAUUUUUGUGCUCUUUACUUCUGCCUAGUGGAGGCAACCCAUUAAAUUUGCUCAUCUCCCUGGGGAGCUGUCAGUGGUCACUGCCCUAGGCGCUAUCAGAGGAUAAGGCAAACAAGGAAUGUCUAUAGAAAAAGGAAAUAUCUGACGUAGCACGCAUUCUUCUUAAUUUACAAAUAUCUCAGUAACAAAAUAAACCACCUCUCACUUAAGUGAACAAAUGUUUCUCCAGUAAACAUACACUUGCAGUGAAAGUUUUUGCAGCCCUGUGCCAUUACGUUGCUGCUACGAAGUAGCGUGUUCUCUCUUGUUUCCAUGUGCUGUUUGAAGCAGUAUAAAGAAAUUAAAUCUCACAUCAGAGUAAGUGCACAGCUGGAAUCUAUUGCUUCCUUCCUCUUCUUGACUUUAUUAGUAACUAUUAUGAAAGUAUAUACAUCCUGAAAACUGUAUGAAGUAGCUUAAAUCUCGUUCUCUUCCUCUCUACUACAUUCUAGAGGUAGAUUGAUUACCAAACCCAUAGAGGUCCCCUAUUCAUGUGCACUUGAUUGAAACCCAUGAAAAUAAAUAAAUAUAUCCUUUAAGGUUUGAUUGCUCUCCUCCUUGAACAAAGGUACUGAUUAAAAAUGUCAGUCAUGGGUCUUUGAAAAUAACAAAAGUGCCUGAGAGCAGAAAUAAUUUAUCCUGCAGUGAUGCCAUUUGGGGUUAAGAGCUGCUGUGCAGCAUCUGCAGAGAGAAGCUACACAGUGACCCCACAUUAAUCCUGAGAAAAACAGCAGCAGGAGGAGAUUCUGGAAGAUGCCAACAGGGUCUGAAAGGGUCUGUUGCCAUUACACCCCUGAGACUUAAAGUAUCUCCAGUAAAGUACAAGUGACUGCUGUUUAACCCCGUAAUUUAGCCGUGUCUAUAGCAUGGUUAGAUUUCAGCUCUGAGUAAAGCUCAGCAGGGACAUCAGUUACUGCUAUUCAUCAGCAGAAGGAACUCAGCCUAAAUGGUUUAGGCACCAUCUGUCCCACGGGUUGGUUCUGUACUUGGGCCAGCUGUAAUCCACGAAGUCAAGGCAGCUCAUGUCAGUGCCAUCAGUGUUUUUCCUGAUAGAUCUGACACCUUUAAAUAUUUUCUUCCUCAUCCAAGAAAACUUAUGUUUAUUCUUCAAGUCAAUGUCAGGCACAGCCAUUUUUGGGAUGGAAGCCCCUGGGGAGCUCCAAGAAUGGAGGAGGAGGAAGAGGAGGAGAAAGGGGAGAUGGAGGAGAAAGAGAAAGAAGGAUGAGGACUGGCUUGCAAAGCACGUCGUGUAGGAGGGGCUGGACCUGGUUCAAGUAAACGUGUAUUACAAUCUUCCAUAAAGGGAAAGAACAGGAGAGGCAAUAAUGGGAAAAGCAUUUCACAGGAGUGGAUCAGAUAAGAAUAGACCUGCUAUGUUUACAUGGCACCUUCCCCAGAUGUGCUUUGCUGGCUCGCUUGCUGACAGUGAGCUGCUGACGCAUUCCUGAGGCUGCCAUCCACAUUAUCUCCAAACUUGGCUGUAUUUUUAGAAGGAAACUCAAGCCAGUUGCUGGACACAGCAACUGUUGUGGCAACACAUCCUUAGGUAACCCGUAAGCAGUAGGACAUCAGGCUAGGGAAGCAUGGUCAGCUGCAAACACUGGGCACCGAAAGACUUAGCUCCGAGAUCACUUUUCCCUUCUGAUUUUCCUGGAACCAAAACACCUCCCUCCUGAACAAAGCUGCACUGUUUCGCUUCCUCAGCUCUCUGCUUCUCUCAGGCCACGUUUCCAUACUCUUUCCAUCUGAGCCUGCAUGCUGUCACCUUAUGCCUGCCCUAAAACUCCAUCUUCAGCCCACAGUUCAGAGAGAAUUAUCUUGGCCCCUGGCCCUACGGAAGUGCAGGAACUGCACUGGUGUAUUGUCACCCACUGCCAGGGCAGAGGAGUAAAACACAAGCAUCCCCCCUGUCCUGUUAGGGGCAGAAAGAAACACUUUACAAGUAAAGCCAAGUUUACUGUUAGUGUAAUUAAAAUUUUGAGUGUCCAAACAAUUUUUAUCUCAGUCUAUUUAUUAUAGAAAAACUAAAACCAGUUAAAAUAGUUAAAUAUAUACUGCCUAGUAUCUACCCCUUCCACUGCCUUGCUGGGUCCUGAGUUUGCUUGAUUGAGCCUGGGGUGGGACAGCUGCAGCCAGUGAUCAGCAGUCCCAAGCCCUUCACGAGGAGUGUGGGGUUAAUGCUUGCUUUUUCCUCAUCCUGGUGUCUGUUUGGGGCUACUACGUGUUUCCUGGCACACCUUGCACCCUGUGCCACAGCUUUCAUGUCCCCUAAUGUUAUCAGGCUUUUAUUCCUCUGCAGUGAAAUGCAAGGGCUGCGAAUACGUUGCUCCACACAGAAUAAAAGCCUGUUACUAUUAUCUAUAUAAAAAUAUUUUUAUACCAUAAACUAUAAAAGGAGAAUCAAAGAUAGAACAAAUGAGGCAAUAGCCUGGUCACCAGAAGAUUAUUAAAACAUCCAAAUGAGCUACCACAGAUCUCCAGGCAGGCGAUGAGCAGUUCAGACAAAGCAAGCCUGUCAAGUCCCAAGGCGUUGCAGAGCUGGAAGGAGCUGGUGCCUUGCUACCGGCUGUGGCAGUGCUGUAUUUAUUGAGCUGUAAGCAGGGACCUGUACUCAGGGACUACCUGGGGGGAGAGCCCGAAUUUUCCAGAGAACACUCAGUAAGGACAGCUACUUAUAUGUAGUCUUACACAUACUUGGUAUAUAGUCUUGGCAAGUCUGAGAAACGGGGUGUGAGAAAGCUUUUUAUUUUUUUCACAUUUUCUAACGAGCCCAGUUCACGUAAUUCAGCCUGAUUGGAUUUUGCUUUCACAAAUAUCAAUCAUUUUUAGCCACCUGGAGUCUGACAAAUGAUUGCCUGACUGAGGGCUAUACAUUUAUACAGGACUCUGAGUGUAACUCAGCACUUGCUUCUCAGGCAGUAUUACACUCAGUUUUGUACCAAAAACCUAUUACCAGAUUAUGGAGAAGUUCUGACAUAUAAGCAAGGUCUCACUCAGUGACAAAACAUCAUCUCUCUCAUGGCUAGUGCUUGUUCUGCAGACAACAGUGAGUACCUAAAAUGCAUGGAGGGAAAAUGAGGGCAUACGGCGCUGCCACAAUGCAAUACUAACAUAUUUACAUUACAUCCGAGCUAAUAACACAACUGUGAAAUGAAAAAACUCAUGAAAACAACACGUGCUUCAGCUUAAGAACCAUACGCUCAGUGGUGCUGCCACUCAACCACAUCCAGGUUUUACACCAGUUUUCACUGGGCAAACCCAACCCCUCUGCAGUUUUCAGGCCCUGUGGAUCAAUAUAAUGGCGCAAUAAACGAAACAGUCUGUGUUUUAAAGUAAAACAUUAUUGGGGAAAAAUAAAAAGAAAAGAAGAAAUGCUUCAGUGCCACUGUGCUCACAGCAACAAGGUGAACCUUUAUGAAAAAAGGGGAAAAUUACAAAGCUCUGUGAUUUCAAAUAUUCAGUGCUUUAGACCAUUCACAGUUGGAGUUGCUGCUUUGUAUUAACCUUCAGUCUUAAUGUGUUUUCUACAAUUUAUAUUGUAUCUUUCAAAAAAAAAAUCUGAAAACCUUUAAGACUUUAAAAUUAUUUUCCAACUACAUUUAAACAUACUCCAUUCAUUGCUACCAUUUUAUCUUCUUUACAAUUGCUAACACAUGGCUCGUGGCAAGCAUAAGAGCUCCAUUUAAUUUAUAAAUUCAUUGAAGUAACAAUUUUCUAACAGAGCUGCAGACAGGCUUCUGAUUUUCGGAGCUCCAGUCAAAGAAUAAUUCUGAAUGCUUCUGUUGUAGACUAUAUUAGUAAGUAAACAAACCAAAUGCUAACUACAUUCACAAGUGAAGGCAGAACUUCAGAAAUUUGGGUUAACGUUCACGUAUACAAUAUUACUUGAUUACAAGGCACUCCUUUAAAAAUUUAAAAAGUCCCUCAGGGUCUGGAAGUGCACAGUAUCAAGUGCCUCUAAUACACAAGUCUGAUUUUCAAUGAGGAAGAACAAAUUAGGUUAAGCAUAUUAAGCUAGAAGCACAGUUAGUACAACCCUAAGCAUUGAAUUCUGUAACGCUACUGCAGUAUCAAUAUUUAUGCUAAAUUUAAAAUAAACAUUCCAGAGAACAAGGUUCUGGGACUAACCACAUUUUAUAGAUUGCUGUAAGGUACAGUUCUGCCUCCAGCUAGCUUUAAAUGAAUUUUGGUUGCAAUGCAGCUGUUAUUAAUAUUUAACCAGAAACUAAUUUUUCAAAUAGUUGCUUUUAGUAGGUAACAAAAAUUAAAUAUCCUAUUCAAGAGGAUGCUCCCUGUGUACAAAGCAGAACUGUCUGAAAAACAAAAACAAAACAAAAUUAAAAAAAAAACACUUUCUGGAUAGCCACAAUCAGUCAUCACAGAGCUGAUCAAUUAAUUUGAAGAAAAACACAUCCAUGCAUUCCACAUACCUUUAGAUGGCAGGUAUCUGUUUCUACAUCCCCCUUCCCUUUGAACUCACAGGACUGAUGACAAACGCACACUUGAUGACACUCAUGUGCAGCACGUUCCUUCAUUCCUGUUCAUGCUAACACGAAAAUAAAAUGUUCAGCAAUUCAAUAGAAAGAUGUUGGUUUUAUGAACAUGGGUUGAACUUUGUGCCCCUUGGACACAGUUUCCCUUGUAUACGGACUGACCCGUGGAAAAUGCCCACGUUUUCAUAACUGUGUUACACAUCCAAACAGAAGUCCUCUCCCGUAACAAGGUCAAAAAAUCCAAGCAUAACCAGCAUGUAAUAAGAAUUUUAUUGAAUAAAUUUAGAAAAAAAUGGAACAUGAAGACAUCAGAUUCAUUUCUGCUUUUUUUUUAUGAAUGUGCAGAAUCAAACAACCAUGCAAAAAGACAUCUCUCCCCCCCAACCGUAAUUCAAGACUCUUAUUUAUAAUAGCAAAAUUAUUAGCGCCUUAAAACAGUGUUCCAGACACGUAACUCAUUACUUUAAAUAGGAUCUCUUUCCGGAACGAAGACAAAAAAAUAGUAGCCAUAGGGAAAGACAAUUGAUUAACAGGUACAGUAUUUAACCAGUAAUCAUGCCAUUUUUAAAGAAUGCAAGCAAAAAAUGCAUCAUUACAUAGAAUAAGUAGAUGUUUUUUCAAGGCAAAAUUCCUAAUAUAAUUAAUCUCUAAACUACUGAAAUGGUGACUUGAUAAUGCAGGUGUUCCAGAAGAUCAUCAGAUGGAAGAUUUUUUUGUGAAGUUACAUCAGUGCCAUGUAAAAUAUAACAGAGCAUCUGAACAGCCAAGUGCUAACAGCGUGUGAACAUUAAAAAUGAACUCCAACUCCUCCAGGAAAUGUUCUGUUUUAGAUAUACAAUAGUAGGUAGGAAAAUGGGCUUAAGCAUGAGGAAAAGAUUUAAGAUUUCUGUUACAAAUUCGUGCACCCACAGAGUUUUUGUCUCAUUAAAAAUGUAUUGUGAAGUUUUACAUGCCCCUGGGACAGUCAUAUCUGAGACAUAUAAUGUGCUGUCUACAUGUAAUAUGCAAACCCAUUCUGAAACACAGUAUAGCUUUUUAGAGUCUUAUGAAUUAUAAAAAUAUAGCUAGACCACAAGUUAAACAACUUGUUAAAUACAGGACAACUCUCAAAACCAUGAAAGGCAAACUGAACUGCACAUAUCCCAGUACAUAACAUUUCGCACUUCUCCUAUUUAAUUUCACUAUUAUUAAAUAGGUGACAGCCUGCAUGAGCAAGACUGUUUAGCUUAGUUCUCAAAACUUGCAUUUGAGAAGCAUUAUGAUUAUUUUCAUAUACCAUAGUUAUCUUUUUUCCCCUUACUAAUGAAAGUCAAAGUCAAACCCAAUUCUGUUGAAAAUAAAUACCAUUAGCCACAUCAAGAUGUCAUUUUGUAAAACACCAGUGUGUUGAAGACUGUUUUGAGCAACCACAAUGAUCUGCUCAAAGUACUCAAGUUCAGCAAUACAGCUUUUGCAGCUUGAUGACGGAUGCACGCAAAUAGUUAUAAAAAGCUGCUAAGAAUGCAGUUAAACAAGACUUAUGACAUAUGCCAUCUGAAAGCUUAACUUUUUGAAAAUCAUCAUAAGCCAUGGAGAAGCAGGCUGUUAUUUGUAAAAUCUACACCUUUUUUGCCUGAUAUAAACUGGGAUUUUGUUUGCUCACGUUUUUAAACAGGUGCAUUUUAAAAGUGUUUACCCUGUCACUGAGGGGGAAAAGCCAUUAUGCAACUCCUGAGGCAUCUGUAGUUCCCUGCUGAGAGUAUGAACAACAAGAAUAGAAGGGAUGAAUAACAAAUACU